AUGAUGCUUGAAAUCGCCCAGCUAUCACGCCCAGAGGGCGCUUACAAGGUUGACUUCUCAUCUUGUAAUUUGAAACCAGACAAUGUUCAAGUGGGAGAUGUUUCAGUGGAGGUACCUGUUCUCAUCGCAGGCGGUGGUCCGACUGGUCUGUUCACAGCAUACAUGUUGUCUAAACAUGGUGUGAAAUCGCUUCUCAUUGAGAAGUAUCCUGAACGGCUGGCUGCACCUAAAGCGCAUGCAUUGAGCCCGAGAACCCUUGAAAUAUGUAGACAAUAUGGACUUGACACAAGAGCGAUACGUCAAUUAGGGUCACCUCGUGAUGAUGCCUACUGGGUCAAUUUCUUGACGAACCUCACGGGCGAGAAGAUUGGUGUCCUUCCGUAUGAGCGGAUGGACGCUGGUGUCCUAGAGAGUACACCUGAGCGAGGCGAUAAAGUGACGACCGUCGUUGAAGAGCGCUCCACGAAGCGUCGUUGGACAGUUACCUCCAGGCACGUUGUUGGCUGCGAUGGAGCAAAAAGCCAAGUCCGACGUUUUUUAGGGAUUGAGACUGAGGGGGAAGAUGGAUAUGAGACAAUGAUGACCAUUCACUUUAAUGCGAAUCUCCGGCCAAUCGUAAAGAAUGGUGUUGGCAUGCUGCAUUGGAUCGCCGACCCUGCUUGCUCCGGUUUUAUCAUUGCAUAUGAUAUAGAUGGAAACCAGGUUUUGAUCAGCAAUUUUGAUUCAAAAAGACAUCCGGUGGAAACAUGGACAGAAGGACUCGCGCAUGCCACCGUGUCUGCUGCGAUAGGACAAAAGAUACCGAUCCAGAUCAAGAGUUUUAGACCAUGGGUAUUAAGCCGCAAGGUGGCAAAGGAAUACCGUCGUGGAAACGUGUUCUUGGUUGGCGAUGCCGCACAUUCAUUCCCUCCUACUGGUGGCCUGGGACUCAACUCUGGCCUGGCAGACGCGCACAACCUUGCCUACAAGGUCGCCGCCGUACACCAGGGUUGGGCGAAUCCACGAAUUCUCGACACUUAUGAAACUGAUAGACGACCAAUUGCCGUCAUCGCGGCAGCUCAGAGUGUCAAAAAUGGGAAGUCUAUCUUUUCUUUCCUCAAGGCCAUCGGGACGGCAGAUGUUGAAGACCUUGACGAAGCCCGGAAACGGAUGUAUGAAGCCAUCCACGACCCAGCCAAGCAGGACUUGAUCGCCGAGAAGGUCGAGGGACAACGUGAACAUUUUGACAACCUUGAAAUUCACAUUGGGUACGUGUACGGUGACACGAAGCCACCUGCGAAUGCGUCGGACUUUACGCCAAAGUUCCAGGUUGGAGCCAGGUUGCCACAUGCUUGGAUCAAAUUCACCAAUCCGAAUGAUGAAAGUGAAAUUCCGCAUCAGCCCAUCGACACGUCGUAUGUGAAAGAGCUAUCAAAUGAGCAAAUCGAAGCUCAACGCUAUUCUACACUUGACCUGGCGAGUGCAGAUACAUUCUCUCUCAUUGUACCAUGUCGAGGAGCUUGGAAACAACGGUUUGAGGAUUGCAAAGAGGCCCUUGGGAACAAAAUGAGUUCUCGCCUUAUGCUUUGGGGGGCGGACGUCGAUUUCCAGUUUACUUCUGACAGUCACCAAAAACUGUACGAUACGAAAGGUGGUUUUUCUGAGGGAGGUGCAAUUCUGGUCAGACCAGAUCAGCAUAUUCUAGGUUGCAUCAGCCCAGAUGCUUCCGCGACCGACAUCGUCGCCCUCAUUGCUGACCAUGCCGAUAUACAUCAUUAG